GCGCACGGCCGGCGCCGGCAUACCGGGGCACCUGGUGAACCCCCUGGAGAGGACCCGUUCCCGGGAUGGCCGAACCACCUCCUGGACGGCCUCUUGCAAGGAGGGGCAUGGUUAGGGCUGAUGAUGUUCGGGAGCGCCCGCUGGAAGGGGUUCCCCCACUGGCUCCAGUACCUCCUGGUCUUCUUCUACUUCCUCUCCGCCCUGGUGGCCUUGGACCUCCUCACCCUCCUGGCCUAUGCCCUGGCCCUACUCUCACGGGGCAAGGGCCCUCUGCGCAGGAACGAACACCCGCACCCCUUGAAGGACUCGAGGCCGGUGCGGGGAGGGCCCGCCUCGGGCGGGACCACGCCCAACAAGUUCUUCCAGGACUGGGUCCGGGCCCGCGGGAGGCACUCCAGCCGCCGCCCGCAUGAGCUGCUCGCCAUCAUCGAGGAGGGAAUGGUCCGGAUGCAGCGGAAACCGGGCUCCACGCUGCCCGCGACGCGGAAGGGAGGGCAGGUGUACCUCUACGGUGCCGUGCUGCACUGUGCGGAUCCCUCCCUCCGUCAGCGGCUGGAGAACGCUCGGGAGCGCGCCGCCCACCUGGCGCGGGAGUGGGAAGCGGUGAUCCCCCCAGACAUUGCGGCGGUCAGCUACCACUGCACCGGCGUGGAGGAGGGGCUCGUCCUGAACCUGGAGAAGGCUCUUCCCUAUCAAGGCUUCCUCCUGGGCCUCGCCUGCCUCUUCGGCCGCACCCUUGGUGGCGCCCACCGACUCCUCCGCUCCAUGUCCCGAGCCAUCGGGAUAGACCUGCUGGGGGCGUGGCGCUGUCGCGAAAGGAGGACGGCAGCCGGGGCGGGGAGGCCCCGGGAUCGCCAGCUCGAGUCGGAGAGCGAGGGGCCCACCAUCGGGACGCGUGGUGGGGACCGCUUGGGCUGGCGCCCACCCGGAAGCACCCUGGGCACCCUCGGCCUCCGCGCCCCGUGCCCGGAGCCCCCGGACGAAGGGUUCACCCUCCUUCUGGUCGAGGACGAACCCCAGUCGGACGUUACCGGAUGGGAGCGACUGGGCGGGCGCGUCCUGGCCCCCCUAUGCGCUCGGCACAAGCGCAUGUACCGGCUUGCCCGCCAGCACCUCCUCUGCGCCUUCGCGGGCCCCCCCUCGUGCGACGAGAUCGGGACCCUGCAG